ACGUCAUGAAUCUAUAUUUGAGUGCUGUGUUACAUGUUUACUACCUGUUGCUGUUGGAUUAUUGGAGCAGGAGAGGGAGGGGGCACUCCCGAGCUCCCCAGCUCUCUCCUCCUAAGAGUAUUAAGAGUGCAUUUGUUUGUGACAUUAGCAGUGAGCUGUCAGUGUCAUAUGGCAAGCCAAGGCAGACUCAACUGGUUCUGUGCAGUGACAGUGAUUGGUGUCAGCAAUAGAGGCUGUUUACUUUCUGUUAGUCCCAUCAAAACGAACGGCUUGAUCCUCAGCAGACCACGGUGCUGCAGAAAGACGAACUGCAGUUUGACUGUUGGGAGUCUGAUGGAGUUCCUGAGAGGGAGUGGUGACUACUGCUUCGCACAGCAUCGCACCUGAAGAAAUAAAGACACGCAAAGAAGCCAAACCAGCCUUGACCAAUCUGAAACAAGGAUGACGGCUCAGACUGAGCAGUGGAUGUGAACAAAAACUGUGUUGCACACAACUCAUUUAAAAAAAAAACUUUACUCUUUACUCUGAGAGCACUGUAGGCUUCCAGAUGGGGUAACACGAUUAUCUGCAAGAAACAUAUGCUGCUUUGAAGGAGCCCUGUGUAUCCUCCUGUCUUUCACCCCCAUCCCCCGCCCUCCAAACAAGACAAAUAAAUAAUCUGUGGGGGCGGGAAAGGGGAACAGUAGAAAGGAAGGAUUGUUGCAUCUUCUUGUGCGUUUGCUCUUGUGAGAACUGCAUCGCGUUGUUAUUGAGCACAGAGCAUCCUGCUACUGUACCAUUCUUUCAGGGAAGCUUCCUUGCCGUUCAAGGAUACGCAGACAAAGCCGCUCUCGUGUUUGUGAACUGCAGCUUCUUCAUCAUGGCGCGUAUGAACCGCCCUGCACCUGUGGAGGUCUGUUACAAAAGUAUGAGGUUCCUCAUAACCCACAACCCCACCAACUCUACCCUCAACACAUUUAUAGAGGAUUUGAAGAAAUACGGUGCAACAACGGUCGUAAGAGUGUGUGAGAUCACUUACGACAAAACACCACUAGAAAAGGAUGGCAUUACAGUCAUGGACUGGCCUUUUGAUGACGGGGCUCCACCGCCUAAGAAGAUAGUUGAGGACUGGCUGAAUUUACUGAAAAGCAAGUUCUGUGAGGAUCCUGGCAGCUGUGUUGCUGUCCACUGUGUUGCUGGCCUUGGAAGAGCCCCUGUCCUUGUUGCUCUUGCUCUUAUUGAAAGUGGGAUGAAGUAUGAGGAUGCCAUACAGUUCAUCAGGCAGAAACGAAGGGGAGCCAUCAACAGCAAGCAGCUCACCUAUUUGGAAAAAUAUCGACCCAAACAGAGACUCCGAUUCAAGGAGCCACACAACCACAAGAACAAAUGCUGCAUCAUGUGACCUUGGACACUGCCUUCCUCUGACAGCAAACCGUGCACAGGGAAUCGAUUGUUCACCACCAGCGCACUUGAAUUCUGCCUUUCUGUUUUAAACAAGAUCCUUGUGAAGCCAGUAGGCUUAACUAGGAGACAUGAGUUUUGACUUAGCUCAGGGUGUUGAAGAAAAGCCUAUUGUGUUUCCCCUUCAUUUGUACACAGUAUUACCAUGUGUUGGCUAGUCCCUUAAAAUGCACAUUGUAUCAUUGCUAAGCACUGACCCUGAUAUCUUGAACACAGCGUUUUGUAAGUUCUGCAUCCAUGUGUGUGGACACAUUAAAUGGACACUUGUUGAAAAAGACAGUCAGUCAGUACCACAAAUACUGCAGUAAUGACUGGUAAACAGACUCGACCAUCCAUCCAUCCAGCUUGCUUAGAUGUAAAGGAAUCAAUGGAGCCCUUGCAAAAGAACUUGACUUCAUUCUCAGACUUCUUGUAUAAUAUGAUCUUUGUCAAUUUGCUAUCAAAAUGCUUCCGUUUUGUUUUCUAUGUUUUCUAUACGUUUUUCUAGUGCAUGUCACUGUGGAGUCCCUUAUAACCUGUACACCACUGAGAUCUCUGUGUCACACUCCUAAAAGAAUAGCGAGGGAGGGAGAGAGUUCUAUUUGGGGACUCUGUAUUUUUAAUAGAAAUUAUUUUUGCAUUUGUUUCAUACAGAAUAUUAAGAACAUGUAGAAUACCUCAUCCAAAGCUGAUCUCCCAGUUUGGGGUGUGUGUCGUGAUCACAGACAAAAUGUAGUUUUGAUUAGGUGGCAGGUGAUGGAUCUGCAAGCUUUAAAUUAGUGUAUGGCCUAAUAAUAAUAAUGAUGAUUUAAUAAUAUUAAAAAGUAAGGUCUUCUUGGAGUUGUAAUAAGCCAGCUACUCUGAAACAGCAGGCAGUAAUGUGUCAGAACCCCUGUUACCCGUGUCAGUGUGGAUAAUAAUGAGCAGUAGCCAGGUACUGUAUGAUGAGAAUCGCUGGGAUACAGCAGCCGUUUCUGCCUUCAGUUUGUACACUGCAAAAAAUAAAUUAAAAAAAUAUUAAAUUAAUUGAAACAUU